AUGAGUGUGACAAUUCAUCUGGAAGAUUUUCAAGGCUGGUCAGAAGUUUUUCAAGAAAUAGACAGGCAACGCAGGAUGAGGUUAUUUGAGAUCAUACAGCCUAACCCAUCUGCUACCAACGACAGAGAAAAGAAAAGGAGAUCGUUCUUAGAGGUACCAGCGAAACGUCGCUUCAGCGAAAGAGGAAUGAACCACAUCAACCCAAGAAAAGUAUAUUGGCGUGCGCGACUUACAAGCACACCAUGUAGCACAAUCAGUGAGAUUAACUCUGAUAUUCCAGAUAAGCUACAGCGAGAUUCUCGAUUCACAGAGGCAGCGAAGAAGCUAAGUAAGGAAGAAAUGACAUUAUUGUAUGAGGAUAUAGUCAAGCCUCUAGAUGUCUAUUCCAUUUUGACUGAAAAACGGAGAGAGAUGAGAGAUCAUAAGUGA